AGUUCUCUCCUGUGAAGAUUCAAGAUCCAUUCGUCCAUUCGUGAAUUACUGAAAUUAUCAAUUUUUGGGAAUCGGCCGAAUCGGGAUUUGGCGUUUUAAUAUUUAAAUUGACUUUGGAGAUCUGGAAAUCCUUUUGAUUGCAAAAGYGUGAACUUUGAUUUUUGCAAAUGUCUUUUGUCUCGUAAUUUUGUGUAUUUAAUUCUAAAUUUUAAAAAAUUUCUGUACUUUACUACCUAUACAUUUUUAACAUAAACCUAGUAAUCAAAUAUUACUUUUUUGUUUAAAAUAAUAAUACUACCUAGGUUUUAACUUAAAAGCUUUAAAAUAUGGCGUCACUAUUGCGUCAAAUGUUAAGCAUCAAUAAAACGACAAGAAUUGGAUCACUUAAUGCUUAUAAACAAUUUUUAUGUACUAAAUCUGAUGAUCCAAUCCAAUCUCAUAUAGGAAAAUUAGUGAAAGGUAACAAAAUCGUCGUCUUCAUGAAAGGAAAUCCACAAGCUCCCAGAUGCGGUUUUAGCAACGCUGUUGUUGAUAUUUUAAAUAUUCACAAAGCCAAAUUUGAAGCUCAUGAUGUACUUAUUGAUGAAAAUCUUAGAAAUGGAAUAAAAGAAUUCUCUAACUGGCCAACAAUUCCCCAAGUUUUCGUAGAUGGAGAAUUCAUUGGUGGUUGUGAUAUUUUGUUGCAAUUGCAUAGGUCAGGUGAAUUAGAUAAAAUACUAGAAAAGAACGCUCAAGAAAAGCCUGUUGCGUAGAUUUGUAAAAUUGUUAUUAAAUAAUUUAAAAAUAAUGUAGUUUGAAUGAACAAUAAAAGAUUAAAAUGUAUUGU